AUGAGUUUCUUCGAUACAUCUAUUCUUCCUCAACAAAUGGCCCAAGAAGAUAUCAGCUUUGGAAAACAACGAACAAUCUUCGAACAACAUCAUCUCCCAGGUGGUGUAGCGUUUAACCAAACUGUUGCGCCCGAUCCAUAUGAGUUUCUGUGUCCAUAG